AUGCAAUUAUUUGGCACAUGGCCAGCGAAGCUACCAAGGUUCAUCUACACAUUCCUCAGUGUUGUCGUGACCAUUGUGGUUGCGUGCGUAGGAUACAAUUCCCUCAACGAUAUCAUCUCCAACUCGGGCGCUGUCAUUGGAUACUGGUCCAUCGUCUACUUCGUCCUCAUUUUUGAGGAAUCGGUCAUCUUUCGACCAGUACGUGGGUACGGUCUUACCGGCUGGAAUGAUCCGAGGACCUUAUCAAUGGGCAUCGCAGCCAUUUUGUCGUUUUGUUUUGGUGUGGUAGGCGCUGUAGUUGGUACGGGACAGACCUUGUACACUGGGCCAGUUGCAGCGAUGAUUGGUGAUUAUGGUGGCGAUAUCGGCACAUGGCUUGCUUUCUCUUUUGCUGCUAUUGUCUAUGCUGGAAUGAGAUAUAUCGAGGUGAGGAGAUUCUAUCGUUGA